AUGCCUAAAGGCAAGUGGAUUGACAAGAAGACGGCCCAGCACUUCACGCUGGUGCACCGGCCGCAAAAUGACCCCCUGAUUCACGACACCGACGCGCCGUCCAUGGUGCUGAACCCGACCGCUCUGCCCAACGCAUCAAAAGGCAAGAAGCUUGACGACCUGGCCUCGGAGCUGGGCUCUUCCGACAUACGGCCAAACGAAGGCGAGGCCGCCUCUUAUGGCGUCUACUACGACGACACCGAGUAUGACUACAUGCAGCACCUGCGCGACCUGGAUGGAGGCAACGGGGCCGGCGAGGUGGUCUUCGUGGAGGCGAGCAGCGGACCUAGUAACAAGGAUAAGGGCAAGGGCAAGCAGAAGCAGAGCCUCGAGGACGCGCUGCGCCGGUUGGAUGUGGAAGAUACGGAGCGGAAGCGCGGCGAGCUGUUCGAUGAGGACCUGUUGCCGUCCAAGAGCCUUCAGCACCUCACAUACCAGGCGCAACAGGACAUACCAGACGCCAUCGGUGGGUUCCAGCCUGAUAUGGAUCCGCGGCUGAGGGAAGUGCUCGAAGCGCUCGAGGACGAGGCGUACGUAGAUGAGGACGACGAUAUCUUCCAGGAGCUGGCGAAAGACGGACGGGAACUGGAUGAUAACGAGUUCCCAGACGAGUUUGAGGACGACGAGGGGUGGGAGACAGACGACACAGCCAAGCCGACGAAAGAGUACAAAGACGCCGGCGCAGUGCCAGAUCUCGUGCCCGUGGCAGGCGACGCCGAAGUCGACGAGGAGACCGACGUAGUCCAGAACGAGAACUGGCUCGAGGAUUUCCAGAGAUUCAAAAAGAACCAAAAGACGGGCAGUCGCGCCCCAGCAGCAGCAGCGGCCGCCCCUUCGCAAUCCGACCUGCAGUCCUCGCUCAUGACCACAACCACCAACGGCGGGCGGCGCAAGAAGCGCAAGGGCGCGCUGACGAGCCAGUCGGGCUACUCGAUGACGUCCUCGUCCCUAGUGCGCACCGAACAGCUCGGCCUGCUGGACGCGCGCUUCGAGGUGCUCGAGCAGAAGCAGUACGACCCCUUCGCAGACGAGGGCGACGACGAUGACGGAGACGGCACGGCGUCCAUGUCGCAGUUCUCGACGGCGAGCAGCGUCACCGGCCCGAUGCGCGGCGACUUUGAUGGCAUCAUGGACGACUUCCUCGGCGGCUACCAGACCAUGGACAAGAAGAAGAUGCGCAAGGGCAAGUGGAAAAGCGGCACCGAGCAGCUGGACGAGCUCAGGAAGGAGCUGGGGCCCGCGAGGGUCGGGUCGCGGUAUGGCGUGCGGCCGGCUGCGUCUGCGUCUGCGUCUGCGUCGGCUUCGACGUCGCGCUGA